AUGGAAAAUAACAACAGCAACGGAGACCCCUCGCCGGUGCCGCGGGUGGCGGUGGUCGUUUUUCUCUUGAAGGGCAGAUCGGUCCUCCUUGGCCGCCGCCGAUCCGCUGUCGGCAACGCCACCUUCGCCCUCCCCGGCGGCCACCUCGAAUUCGGGGAGAGUUUUGAAGAAUGUGCAGCGAGAGAAGUAAAAGAGGAGACAGGAUUAGAGAUAGGGAAGAGUGAGUUUUUAACAGUAACAAACAAUGUGAUGCUGGAGCAGCCAAAGAAGUGUCACUAUGUCACCAUUUUCAUGAGAUCAGUGGUGGGUGUUGAUGCAGAAGAAGAACAAGUGCCACAGAAUCUUGAGCCUCACAAGUGUGAUGGUUGGGAGUGGUAUGAGUGGGAUCAUUUGCCGCACCCUUUGUUUGGGCCUCUCGAGAGAAUGGUCAAAGGAGGGUUCAACCCAUUUUCUUCCUAA